GUUCCUCAGGAAAGAGAGAGGAAGAGAAUGUCCUCGCUCACUAGUUUUAGUAGAAAGUCUAGGCUACUUGCUGAGUAGAAAGGCUCCAGCAGUCUGGAUUGACCGAUCAAAGUCGUGAUGAGAUGAGAAAGACAUGGGGAAUUCGUGCAUAGGAUCGGGGAGCCUAGCGGGCAGGAGCUGGCUAUUCUUCCAGGGCGGCUGGAUCGCGCAGGAGAGGGACAAGAUCGCGCAGGGCAGCUGGGAGGAGCCGGGAGGAUCCAAGCAAUCGACCCAACAAGCGCCGCCCACAAGCGUCAUCAUCGCGGAGGAGGAGCUCCAGGGCGGCGGCGCCGCUGCCAGGGCCAGGAAAGCGGUGGUGGUGGUGAUGGGCGAUUCCCGACCCACGGCGGCGGCGGCGGUGGUGUCGCCCCGCCAUGGCGGCCUCACAUCCUCUGUUCUUGGGCGGCGCACCGAGAAUGUCAAGGAUCUCUACGUGCUGGGCCGGAAGCUCGGGCAGGGCCAAUUCGGCACGACCUACCUGUGCACCGAGAAAUCCAGCGGCAAGCACUACGCCUGCAAAUCCAUCCCCAAGCGCAAGCUCAUCUCGCUGGAGGAUGUGGAGGACGUCCGGCGCGAGAUCCACAUAAUGCAUCACCUCUCGGGCCACCCCAAUGUGGUGGAGAUCAAGGGCGCGUACGAGGAUUCCAGCUGCGUCCACCUCGUCAUGGAUCUCUGCGCGGGCGGCGAGCUCUUCGAUCGGAUCAUCCAGCGCGGGCACUACAGCGAGAGCAAGGCGGCGCAGCUGACGCGCACGAUUGUGGGCGUGGUGGUGGCGUGCCACUCGCUGGGAGUGAUGCACAGGGAUUUGAAGCCCGAGAAUUUCCUGCUCGCCAAUGCCGAUGAGGAUUCGCCGCUCAAGGCCACGGAUUUUGGGCUCUCGGUGUUCUUCCAGCCGGGCGAGGUUUUCAAAGAUGUCGUGGGGAGCCCAUACUACGUUGCUCCAGAGGUUCUUCGCAAGCAGUAUGGACCCGAGGCCGAUGUGUGGAGCGCGGGAGUGAUUCUAUACAUUCUUCUAAGUGGAGUUCCUCCAUUCUGGGCUGAAACCGAGCAAGGUAUAUUUGAGCAAGUUCUCCAAGGCGACAUCGACUUUGAGUCGGAUCCAUGGCCAAAGAUCUCGGAGAGCGCCAAGGACUUGAUCCGCAAGAUGCUAACUCGCAAUCCACGCAAACGACUCAAAGCGCAAGAAGUUCUAACUCAUCCGUGGAUCAUGGAAGGAGGUGUCGCACCAGAUGCACCGAUUGAUUCCGCUGUUCUGUCUCGGUUGAAACACUUUUCCGCGAUGAACAAGAUAAAAAAGAUCGCUUUGAGGGUGAUAGCCGAGAGAUGCACCGAGGACGAGAUCGCUGGCUUGAAAGAGAUGUUCAAAAUGAUGGACGCUGAUAACAGCGGAGCGAUCACUUUCGACGAGCUCAAAGCCGGCUUGCAGAGAGUGGGAUCCAACUUGAAAGAGUCGGAGAUCCACGCUCUCAUGGACGCCGCUGAUCUUGACAAGAACGGUACCAUCGACUACACCGAAUUCAUCACCGCAACGCUGCACCUGAACAAGAUCGAGCGCGAGGAGAACUUGUUCGCUGCCUUCUCAUACUUCGAUCGAGACAGCAGCGGAUAUAUCACCAUUGACGAGCUCCAAAGCGCUUGCAAGGAGCACUACAUGGGCGACGAUUUGCUCGAGGAUAUGCUGCGGGAAAUCGAUCAAGACAACGAUGGAAGGAUCGACUAUAACGAAUUCGUGACGAUGAUGAGGAAUGGGAAUGGUGGCGUUGGAAGAGGGCAAAUGAGGAACAGCUUGAGCUUGAGGGACGUGAUCAUGGUUGGCUAGAAAUCUCAAAGAAAAAGAUAAAUUUUUUUCUUCUAUUCUGUAGAUCUUUCGAUUAUACAAAUUCCACAUUUGCCACGUUUAA